AUGUUUUGGGAUAAUGUUUCUGUGCCGAAUACGUGGGUCAUUGUGACUUUAACUGGACUGUUGUUUCUAUUGAGUCGCUAUGUAUCGCCCUCCCUCGAAUCCCUCGAGCCGCCGCUGCUUAAACCUCGAGUUCCGCUGGUGGGACACAUCAUCUCGAUGUUCAGCGAGGGCGGCGGAUUCUAUGUUCGGCUCUUUAAAGAACGCAGAAUGCCCAUCUGCACCCUCCCCAUGCUAAACGGCAAAGUCUACAUCAUCAACUCCCCAGAUCUCAUCCAAUCAGCCCUGAAAAACAACGAUAUUUCGUUCGAUCCAUUUCUUGUCGAGUUCUCCAAAGCGAUGUGGGGUCUGAGCCAGAAUGCAGGGGAUCUAAUUUCUGAUAAGGAAUAUUUGAAGACGGGGCUGUCGAUUAUUCAGUCUACUCUUAUGGGUGAACCACUGCACAGGUUGAACCUUAGCGCUUUGACAAGGCUCAUGACGUAUCUUAAUCCUAUUCGACCUGGAGAAGAACUAGAUGCACCUGAUGUAUUUAUUUGGCUCCGGGAUAUCUUGACGGAUGCAACGGCGACAGCUCUUUUCGGGGCGAAGAAUCCGUUGACGGUAGAUAAAGCGCAUCUCAUGUGGACAUUUGAUAAACAAUCCAUGUUUGUGGCGUUGGGUGUCCCAAGCUUCAUUACCAAAAAGGCGAUCAAUGCGAGAAGAGAGAUCAACAACCUGCUUCUGACCUACUAUGAAUCUGGAAGCGAGCUUGAAGACGGUGUCUCUGACAUUAUACGCGAUAGAGUUAAGUUUCUCCGUAGCACUGGCUUUACGGAUGACGACCUAGCUCACAUGGAAACGCUGCUGCCUUGGGUUGGAGUUACCAACACUGCGCCAACUUUAUUCUGGCUUUUCGUCCACGUCUUGACAAACCCACAUUACUUAUCUCGUGUGCGAACUGAGAUUGAGGAGAUUAUAAUUAUCACAAAUGGGCCCGACGGGAAGACAGCGACAUUUGACGUUAGAAAGCUAGAGAAAUGCUGUCCUUUCCUCCACGCCUGCUAUCAAGAAUCCCUUCGUCACUAUCUUCAUUCCAUCGGCAACAGGAGAGUCAUGGAAGACACCAAGGUCCAAGACACACAGGGCCGAAGUUAUCUGCUCAAAAAGGGAUUCAACAUCCAGUGGGCGCCAUCAGUGACUCACUUCAUCGACGAGAUCUGGGGUCCGGACGCGAAUACCUUCAAACCUGAGCGCUUCUUAGACGUAUCGGUGCAAGAUGAGAAGAAGAGAAGAGGCUCACAGUUGUCAUUCGGAGGUGGAAAGCAUCUAUGUCCUGGCCGCAAGUUUGCGUUUACGGAGAUACUGGGAUUCGUUGGUGUCGUUGCGCUCAGCUUCGAGGCCGAGGGGCUGAGUUUGCCAAAGUCAAGGGAUCCUGGGGUUGGAGUUGGGCCGAGAAUGCCAGAUUGGGGAGGAUUUGAUCCUGGAUUUAGGUUAAGGAGGAGAGAGGGUUGGGAGGAUGUCACUUGGGUAUCCCAAGAGUAA